AUGGCUCCGUCCAAUACGGCUACGACGGCCUUUCUGCUGGGCAACCUCCACUGUCCAUCAUGUGUGACGCUCAUCAAGUCUCUACUGCAGGAGACGUUUGGCGACAAGAUUGUUUGGGUCUCACCAAAUCUGGUGACAUCCAUUGUGACGGUUGAGCACGAUGACUUUUCCCCCGAUUUCGUACGUGCUAUGGGCAAGACGCUUGAAAAUGUCGGCUUCGAGAUCUGUGGAGUCGACACCACUGCUUCUGGCGCCGAAGACCUGAACAACACUUCGCAAGGCGAUAUGCCCGAAAGCCACGGCAUUUUUGAGAGCUGGUCUAGUUUAUGGGCCCAAAAGCAGCCGGCGCCGGCGGUCGAGGCCACCAAGGCUGCGCAUCUGGAGAACUGCGAGGCAUGUCGGUCUCACAGACCACACGACGAAGACGAGGACGACGGCGGCGGCGGCGGCGGCGGUAGUAUCGACCAGAAACUCAAGCCGUCGUCCUCAUCCACGAGCCUGCGCAAGGAUCCGCUCACCGGCACCGUGCCGCUCGAUGGCGUUGUCACUGGUGACGGAAGCCCGCCCCCGUUAUGGCGAGCGACAAUGUCCGUUGGCGGAAUGACCUGCGCGGCUUGUGUCACCGCCAUCACAAACGAAUUACAGAAGCUCCCUUGGGUCUCAAAGGUUGCCGUCAACCUUGUGGGGAACAGUGCCACAAUCGACUUCUUGGGCGAGGGUAAGGAAAAGGAUCUCGUGGAGGCAAUCGAAGACAUUGGCUAUGAUGCCACAAUCGACCAAGUUGUUAAUCUCAAUGAGAAGAAGCCUCUGUCUGAUGAGCGUCAAGUGGAAAUCCGCAUCGAUGGCAUAUUUUGCCCUCGCUGCCCUCAGAGAAUCAGCAAGACCGUCAGCAGCUUCAAGGCACAUGGUGUACAGAUUCUGGUUCACCCGUCCAUGGAGCAUCCGAUUCUGAAACUGCGUUACAUUCCGAAUCCGCCCCAGUUCACCGUAAGGCACAUCCUCAGGAGCAUCGAGGCAACAGACCCGUCUCUCCGCGCCAAAAUCUAUCAUCCGCCGACGCUUGAAGAGCGGUCGAGGGCUAUCAGGGCAAAGCAUACGCGACAGCUGUUUUACAGACAAGUACUGACCAUUGUGCUCGCCAUUCCGACUUUCGUCCUCGGCAUUGUCUACAUGAGCCUUGUGCCAGACUCCAACUCCACCAAGCAUUUCCUGAUGAAGCCGUGGGUAUCUGGUCUAAGCCGUGUCGAGAUUAUCCUCUGCCUGCUGGCUACCCCGGUGUACUUUUUUGCCGCGGAUGUCUUCCAUGUGCGAGCCAUCAAGGAGCUGAGGACAUUGUGGCGGCACAGCAGCCGUACGCCCUUCCUGCAACGAUUCUACAAAUUUGGCAGUAUGAAUAUGCUCAUGUCACUGGGAACGAGCAUUGCCUACUGGUCGUCCAUCGGCCAGAUGAUUGCGGCCGGAGCCGACCGCAACAAGGUUGACAUCCCCGACGACCGCUUCUACUUUGACUCCGUGGUCUUCCUGACCCUCUUCCUUCUUGCUGGACGGCUGAUCGAGGCGUACAGCAAGUCCAAGGCGGGCAACGCGGUUGAAGCUUUGGCCAAGCUGAGGCCGACCACUGCUCUACUGGUCGAGCAGGAUAAACUGCAAGGUCAAAUAACCACGACGAUAGAUAUGGAUCAGCUGGAGCACGGAGACGUUAUUCGGGUGCCUCACGGCUCUUCGCCGCCCGUCGAUGGCGUCAUCUUGACCGGCGAGACGACGUUUGACGAAUCGAGUCUGACGGGCGAGUCACGGCCCAUCAAAAAGGGCGAGGGAGAUGAGGUAUUCGCGGGAACCGUCAACAAGGGGGCUGCCGUCAUUGUCAAGGUCACGGGGACUUCUGGAAAAUCGAUGCUUGAUCAGAUUGUCGAAGUCGUCAGAGAAGGACAAGCCAAGCGGGCGCCGAUGGAGCAAGUAGCGGAUCUGAUCACGUCCUACUUCGUCCCCGUGGUGACCCUCAUAGCCAUCAUCACCUGGGCAGUGUGGAUGGCGCUCGCAUUCUCCCAUGUAGUGUCGAGCGACGAACUGGGCUCGUCGGGUGGUGCAACUGCGUUUGCCUUUCAGUUUGCCAUUGCCGUGUUUGUCGUGGCUUGCCCGUGUGGGCUUGGGCUGGCUGCUCCAACGGCCAUCUUCGUUGGAGGAGGUCUCGCAGCCAAGUACGGUGUCCUGGUCAAGGGCGGUGGCGAGGCAUUUGAAAAGGCAAGCAAGGUGGGCUGCGUUGUCUUUGACAAGACGGGGACGCUUACAGUGGGAGGAGAGCCUCAGAUUACCGAUUCUGUUAUCUUUCCUGACAAGGUUGUCGAUGGACUUGAUGAACGGACUCUACUCUCUGUCAUGAAAGCUGCGGAGGAAAACAGCAGUCAUCCCAUUGCAAAGGCCAUUGUUGCCUUCUGCAAGGCAGACCCCAAGCAAGUUGAGCUUGACAGGAUCGAAGAGGUGCCGGGCAAGGGCAUCACCGCCAGCUGCAAGACGCAGCCUCUCGACGUUGCGGUGGGCAACGAGAGCCUGAUGCGAGACCUGUCAGUCGUCCUGUCUCCCAAGGUCCAGGGCCUACUGGAGGCGUGGAAGCAGGAAGCCAAAUCCGUCGCCCUCGCGGCAACGCGACCCCGUGACACCAGCAGAUGGACGGUCGCCGCCGUGCUCUCCAUCUCGGAUCCUAUCCGCCAGGAAACGCCCCCGGUGCUCGAGGCGCUGCAGAAGCGUGGCAUCGAGGUGUGGAUGCUGUCAGGCGACAACGUGACGACGGCGCAGGCUGUGGCUCAGAAGGUGGGCAUUCCUGCAUCCAACGUGUUUGCCGAGGUGCUGCCCUCGGAGAAGGCGGCCAGGAUCAGCUACCUUCAAGCGUCGAUGAACAGCAACGGCCACCGCCCCAUGGUCGCCAUGGUGGGAGACGGCAUCAACGACUCGCCGGCGCUUACGACGGCGGACGUGGGCAUCGCCAUUGGGUCGGGCAGCGACGUGGCCAUUUCGAGCGCCGACUUUGUGCUGGCCACGUCGAACCUGCACUCGGUGCUGACGCUGCUGGACCUCAGCCGCGUCGUCUUCCGCCGGAUCAAGCUCAACUUUGGCUGGGCGGCUGUGUACAACGUGUGUGCCAUCCCCAUUGCGGCGGGAUGCCUGUAUGGCAUCAGGACAUCGAGCGGAUCCCACGUCAAGCUGGAUCCUGUGUGGGCAUCGCUGGCCAUGGCCCUGUCGAGCAUCAGCGUGGUGCUGAGCAGCCUGAGCCUGAGGACCAAGAUUCCGGGGCUUGGCUUUCGCAACAAGCAGGUUGUGUGA